UGUGUUGAAUAAAAUAUUAAAUAAUAAAUUAGACUAAUUUUGAUACAUGACAUACAAAAAGUUGGGUUUUUUUUUUUUAUAUAAGCACGUCAUUUUGAGGAUUUAAGUUUAGAACUAGGAGAAAGUUCUCAAGGAGUUGUAUUGUUUUGAGAGACUGUGAUUUCAGGAGCAUUGAAAUAGGAAUACAUAUGAGCCGCGCCAUGAGAAAACCAACAUAGUAGAGGAAAACUGAGGUAGACCAGUAUGGUAUACUAUUUUUAAUCUGGACGAGGCUGGAGUUUAGCUGAUAAUCAUGAUAAUAAAAUUACCAUUCGGAGGUUAAUAGAGAAAAUAAUUCAAGGUUAAUAGUUACGGUAAAGAUUUUAGAGGAAAUAAUUUGAAGUUAAUAGUUAUUAUACUAAUUUAGAGGAAAUAAUUUGUAAGCAAAAUAGAUGGAAGAUAGUUAACUCUUUGCUAUGUUGAAUACAAUUAGUUGGAUUAAAAUACAUUUGGACAGCUGUUGUGCCAACUUCAGGAAAUGCAGGGAUUAAUUAUAACGUAACUCUGUUCAAGGACUUGAAAUAUAUUAAUUCUAGGAAUAAUGAUCAAACUUUUCAAAUUUACAACAUGGCAGUAUCUAACGGCUACCCAUAUCCAGGCUUUACAAAUCCCUACGUACGUGGAAAGUUACCUUCAGUGAAAACCCAGCGCAAUCGGAAAAUGUGUGCAGGACGAAUUUUCAUCUUUCUUAUCCUUGGAGUAAUUCUGUUUGUCCUCGGGCUCGUGUCUAUGGGCGUUUACCUGAAUGUAAAUGGAUCAACAAGUUCCAGCCAGUAUACAGAGAUCAUGCCUUUAUACAUCACCUCUGGAGCAGUGAUACUGGCUGGGAUGUGUGUGUGUGUCUUAUUCUGGAAAAGAUUGAAAGCAUUGGUUUUUGUGUCAGUGAUUAUCUGUGUAGCCACAGGAUUUCUGUGCGGGAUCACAGCUGUUCUUACCUGCACGCAUGUUCUUCAGCCGCUUCAAACAUUCCGAACCUGCCGCUACUAUAUGUCGCAGAAACUGUGCCAGUGCUUAUCGCCGUAUAAGCGAGAUAUGCUUACUUUAGAAUACUCUGAAAAAGGUAAGGAGGUCUAA